AUCAGCGAGCCUAUUCGUAUCAGUAACAAAAGUGAGCUGUUGCUGCCUACACCAUAAGACAUAGGACUGGAAGUAAAGCCAUUCGGCCCAUCAAAUCCACUCCGUCUUUUAAAUCACGGCUGAUGGGCAUUUCGACACCACUUCCCAGCACUCUCCCCGUGGCCCUUGAUUCCUUUUGAGAUCAAGAAUUUGUCGAUCUCUGCCUUGAAGUCCUCCACUGCACUCUACGGCAAUGAAUUCCACAUAUUUUUGAACAUUUGCAACUCAGAAGUCAGUGAUGUGGGAUCAAGGUGGUCAACCUUGGCAGCAAUGGCCUUUAAGCCAACAACAGUGGAUGCAGUCAUUUCAGCAGCAACAAGAUCCAAGUCAGAUUGACUGGGCAGCAUUAGCACAGGCAUGGAUUGCACAACGAGAGGCCUCCGAGGAAUCCGUAACAACUCAACAGCCAGUCAUAAUACCCAAUGGACAGGCAGUACAUAACAUUGAAAAUAAUCAAGACAAUCAUGGAAAUUUUCCAGGAGAUCCUAAUUUCAACAGAAUGUGGGAACAGGAUUGGGGAAUGCAACACCAUAGACCACCACCCCCACCACCAGACCAGCAGCAGUGGAUACCAACCCCAGCUCCCAUGGACAUAGUCCCUCCAUCAGAGGACAGUAGCCAGGACAGUGGUGAGUUUGCACCAGACUCUAGACGUAUGUUCAAUCAAGUCAAUAACAACAAUUUUGGAGGAGCACCAGAAAACUUUGGAAUGGGAUCUGUGCCGGUCAGCCAAUUUGAUUAUCAGCAUGGAGCAGCCUUUGGUCCUCCCGGAGGAUUUCAUCCACCUUAUUGGCAAUCUGGGCCACCACCUAAUCGUAGAGACAGGCCCUCUUAUAGAGAUCGCCCACGUUCACCAAUAACAGUAAAACAAGACCCUCCUGCACUUGAUGCUGUGAAACGCAGAACACUGCCAGCUUGGAUUCGUGAGGGACUGGAGAAGAUGGAGCGAGAAAAGCAGAAAAAACUUGAAAAAGAAAGGUUAGAAAAAGAGCGUGCUCAAUCGUCAAAGCACAAAAAAGAUCCAGAAGAGGUUCCUGAAGAAACUGAUGGACCACGAUUGCCUCAUAAAAGCAAAUUUGACAGCGAUGAUGAAGAUGAGGAGUAUGAAACCACUGAAACCAAAAUUAGUGACAAACCAAGUAGGAGUCCUUCACCAGUUGCUCAGGAAGAACAAAGUGAACCAGAAAUGACUGAGGAAGAAAAAGAAUUUCAGAUGAUGAUAAUGAUGAAGACGUUGCUUACAGAAGUUCUUUUGGAAGUAACAAACGAAGAAAUCUAUUAUGUUGCCAGGGAUGUUCAUCGUAAAGCUACUAAAGCUGUAGUAGUACAGUUUUGCAAUGCCAUAGCAACUCAUGACUUUGAAAAAGUGUUAACAUGUUGUUCCUGUUGUUGAUGUGAUACAAAGCUCCUGCAAAGCAGCUGGCGCAGUCCAGUGCACUGGCUUCUCUAACUGGACUUGGUAAGUAGCAUCCUUUAAGAAAAAAUGGGUAAUGGGAGAAAGGGGAUUUGUCCAGAAUUUAAGCUUGUACAUGUGCUGUACCUUUGUACUUUUUAAUUGUCACCAUGUACUUUUUAACAGUCAACAUGUACUUUUCAACCAUCGACAGGUGAUUAUUAUGUACUUUUAGCUCACACUUUGUUUUCUCACCCGGUUAUAGAUUACUACAUAAUCUUAUGGAAAGCAUUCCUUAUAUAGUACUAGAGGCCAAGCCAUCUCGCUGAUACUGCAGAGAGCUUCGUCUUUUCCUAGCCUGAACUUUAACCUCUCUGCACAGCACAACCUGUCCUCUUUGUCCUCAACAUAUUUGUUAUAGUGAUAUUGUAGUGCCCAUUUUAAUAGAGUCAGUCUUCUGUUUCCAGCUGGAAACUGGUGAAAGAAAAUUACAUUGUGGGAACCCAAUAGUUUGGACUCAUCACUAAAUCAAAUUUACAAAAAUAAACUGUAGUUAGGAGCUAGUAAACUUUGCCUUAGUUAGAAGCUAAUUGGUAAAUUUUGUUUAUUCUUAGUGCCACUUUAAUCAUAAAUGCAGUGGUACCAAUACCACUUUCCAUUACUUUCAUAGAAUAAAGUUGUUGAGAGUCCUCAGUUUCUGGUUUGUGCAAAUUAUUUUAAAUAUUUGUUAAAGCCAAAAACCUAUUUUAAAUAGCCUUGCUGCUUUAGGCUCCAAAAGGUGUGAGUAGGAUCUGUUUCUGCAAUAAGUUCAAUAAAUGAAUAGCAGCUUACACAGUUUCCUUUAUUAGUUUAUUUUUCUGAUGUUUCAUUUAGUUUAUAAACAACUUCUCACCACCUACAAAUAUAAUUUUUUUAAAAAUUUACACUGUUAUAGUGUUUCUUGUCUGUAGUUUCUUAGUCUUUCUUAGUAUAGUUGACAAGACAGAUUCAGUAACUUUCCAGUAUUCUAAAGUGUAUUAUUUUUUGCUUCAUGGUUGUUUAUAGUUGUUUUUCCCAUCAAAUAAUUAGCAGCUUAUUGGUCAUCUCCUCAAGUCGGGUAAAUUACUCGCUCCAGUAAAAAAAAGUUUAAUUUCAGAAAUUGAAUAAAUAUUUGAAUAACAGUAGCUUUGAUCCGAUUCCUCAACAUAAGAGUAUAAAGUCUUAACUGGAGACUUUAAUGUGUAAAAAUCAUGUAGUUCAAGCUGUUUCUUGCUGAAAUUAUUUUUUGCAAAAAUAUCACCACAUAUGAGCUUAAAAAUCCAGAAGUUACCUAAGCAAUGAAGAAAAAGCAUUGCAUUGAGUUUAAAUAAAUUGAUGUGAAACAUGCCUUUUUUUAAAAAAAAUAGUUAAAAAAUUUUGCUUUGGUGCAUUUGUUUUUAAGUUGCCUACCUUCAGGCCACUGAUUUAGCACCUGUUUACACGUCUGACAGAGAAUGGAGCUCCCUUUUGUACAUUGUCUGAGUUAUUAAAAUAGAUUAAAACAGUUGCUUUGUAAUUUGAAAAUUGCUGAAAGGAGUGGAGGGUUGUGAAGCUUUUCACCUUACUCUAAUCAAGAUGAAAACAAGGAUGCAAAAUUUUAAAUGAUCAAAACAAUUUAUACUCUAGAGGGAAUGGAUACUGAUAGGUUGAAUGUCUACUCUGAUUGCCAAGGUACUCCCAUGGAGUCGAGGAAUUACAAACUUCCCAAAUUUUGGGGUAAUUAGGAAAGGCAUAAACUUGAACAUAUUAUUUUUGUUUGCAGAGAACCAGUCUCUGCAUAUGAUUCUACAAUUGUUUUAAUCAAGUGUAAAUGAACCAUAGUUUCUGCUCGAUGGAUUAUCGAAAUUAGUAGCUAGUAUGGCAGUUGGUGUAAGUGCUUUUUACACGCUUCAACUUGCCAAUUUUUUGAAUUGCAUGGGAAGCCUGUGGUGUCCAUUGCCUUGGAGAAAGCCAUUUUGUUGAUUUGAUUGCUAAUCAAUCUGUACCAGUUUCUCUUGUGUAACUAGUUGUGAUCAUCUAAAAUUUGUCCUAAGUACAAGGUGAAAAGUCUGAGCAUUAUGUCUCUCUUAGCAAACUGAGUUGGAACCAUUAUGCUGAUCAUAAUUCCAAGUCACACUUUUUUUUUCUGAAGAGUUUUAGGUAAUGAUGAAGAGCCAAGAUCUAAGAAGAUUUUUCUAUUCCUUCCCACUCCCUGCCACACUUUUUCUCCCCCCCCCGCGCCCAUGCACCACUGAUGCAGCUGACGUUAGCACACUGUGCAGGCUAAGGAUUCAACUGUUUAACCUAGUUUUCUAAUCCACCUAUUCAGAGAUGUUAUUACACACCUCUAGAGCAGCUGGGACUUCAGCCUGGGCCUCCUAGUCCAGGGGUAAGGACACUACUACUGUACCACAUAGGGCCCCUGAGAAUUCUAAUUAUAAUCAUUUUGGCCUGUGUGAUACAUUAGCAGAUGUUAGUGAAGUUUCCAAUCGAGCUGUUGGCUGUGUCCCAUAUUGGCAUGUUUUUAAUUGUUAUCAAUUAAGUCAAUAAAAGCAUUUCUUACCCUUAGAACUGGUGGUAUCCACAAAGAUGUCACUAUCUUUUAGUUUGUCGUCAUAAGUCUUUUGAGCUGAUAUGACAAAUCUUGUGAGCUUGUUUUCAAUUUAAGCUUUGAUAGCUCAGCUUUAAACUGCUGUCAUAGCUUAAUACUGGAAAUUUAUAAUUUUGAAUCUUAAUAAUUUGGUAUCAAAUGUUGCUUAUUCUAAAAUGAAAAUAGUUUCAGAACUUCAAAGAAUUUGCUCAGAAAAUAAAUUAAGUGCAUAAUGAACUGUUUUGCAAAUCUGCAAGAAAACAAGUUCUUUCCACUGUGAAAGAAACUGGGGUUUUUAUGUGCAGGUGGACUGGGCGGGUAUGGCUCUGACAGUGAAGAUGAGAGGAGUGAGAGAGCCUCUGAAUCCUCUGAUACAGAUGAUGAAGAACUCCAUCGUAGAAUAAGACAAAAGCAGGAUGC